AUGGCCUUCCGACCAGAUGCGCACGCCACUUGCUCGUCGCCUGCACGGAGAGCAUUCUGCCAGCAGCGUUUGCACCACGCCGUAUUGCCGUCUUCGUUGCAGCCCUACAGCACAAGAGACAUGGUAGAGACGAAGCACCCGUCUCAGGGGUCGCCAUGCCCUAACCGCGCACCAAUUCCCACAUCCAGCACCAGCCAGCCUGCUCUAGGCUAA